AUGGAAAAUAUUGAAAAACAAUUAAGCAGAAUUGAAGAAGAUAGAAUUUUAACGGAAUGGGAACGAAUGAUUCGUAAAUAUUUAAAAUUACCACUUGAUGAUAAUUACGGUUCACAUGCAAUCGUUCUUCUUGCUGCAUUAUAUGUCUCCCAAUCCGGUCCAAUACUUGAAUUAGGUAUGGGAGCAACAAGUACUCCAUUAUUACAUCGUUUAGCAUUGAAACAAAAACGUUUUCUUUUAUCAGCAGAUUCUGAUCUGCGAUGGAUUAAUUAUUUUUCUUCUUUAACUGGAAAUAAUACUCUCCAUCAAUUACAAUAUGUUGAAAUUAAAACUGAAAUGGGUAUUGAGUGGGCUUCAUCGAAUCUUGCAUAUUAUAAAAAUUGGACUGUUGUAUUUAUUGAUCAUCGACCAGGACCACGACGUCAAUUUGAUUUAAUGGGAUAUUCACAUCAAAGUGAUAUUGUUGUUUUACAUGAUACAGAACAGAGUUCUUUGUAUAAAUAUAGUCAAGGCUUAUUAUUAUAUCGUUAUCAAUAUCGUUUUACUAAAUUAAAACCUUAUACAGAUGCAUUAAGUUCAAAAAAUGAAACAUUAAUUAAAAUGAUUCGUCAUUUAAUUGAAUCAACACCAGAUUAUUAUUUUUCAAAUAUAACUUUAAAUGAAAAAUUUUAA